CAGCCCAGCUUCCAGUCAGCAUGUCAUCAUGACUUCGCACUUAGAACGUCUUCCUGUCGAGCUGUUCGAGCUCGUUGCUGCCACUCUUGAUCUUUCAUGUUACAAAACUCUUCGUCUAGCAUCCACGAGAUGUCGCUUCCUCACCCAUUCUGUAUUCGUAGAACACGCUUUCUCUCGGCUAAAGACUACUCUUGGAUUACCCUCUCUCAAUCGUCUCGUCAACGUGGCACAGUCGCCGCAUCUCCGUAGUGCUGUCAAAGUCCUCCAGAUCCAGCUCCUGACAUCAGGUGACUACAGUGUGCUCGCUGCCAUCAGCCGUGUCGGCAGAUUUCCGCCACCCAAACGAUUUCCCAGGGUACCUGGUAUCCAAGACAAAGACAUCAAGGACGAGGCACCUACAUUCACAUAUGUUGUCGAAAGCGAAUAUCCGACCCGAUUGUAUGAAGCUCUUGUUCGAGCGUUGCGAGGCUUCACCAACCUAACGGCCAUUCACUUUUAUCCGAGGGGAUCCCAGCUCGCGGAAUCCCGCGCUCUUCUUUCAGCAAACGAUUGCCUCUUUCGUAGUAGAUGCUUUCAGGUCGUCAUAGACGCCAUCGUUCACAGCGAGAUCCGUCUGAGCGAGUUUCGUAUGGCCAAAUGCAAGCGUGGGACUGCGCUACACAAGGAAGCCAUUCUACCAUUCUCGGCACUCCAAAUACCCGCGCAAUCACUCAAGGCGCUGCAGCAUCGCUUUUCGCAUCUCAAAGUUCUCACGAUCUCUGCUUUGACCGUCUACGAGGGCAUUUCUCGAAUUCCCGGUUGGCAGAAUGGGAUCGCCGAUAUCAUUGCCACUGCACCAAAGAUGAAAAACUUCACAAUGAGUCUAGAUCGGACUAACUAUGCCGCAUCCAUCAUUCACAACAUGGUCGCUUCUUGCGCUUGCCUCAAGCUUGAAAUACUACAACUCAUGUUCUGCGCCUUGCAUGGAGAGGAUCUAGUUGCCAUUGUCAGAAGCCAGUCCGCGACGUUACGACGAGCUGUAUUCUCUGACAUUCGUCUUGUGACUGGUACCUGGUCGUCAGUAUUAUACGCUCUGAAGGAAUGCGGGAAGCUCGAACAUUUGCGCCUCAGUUCGGCGUCAGGAGCAGACCAUCCAACCCGACGUCUGGACGUGGCUCGAGAACAUCGUGCAAUGACCGAUAUGCUGAGUGAUCUCAUCACCGCCUACGAUACUGAAACGGACGCUCCGAGCUCCCAAGACAGUGGCUCCGUUGACCCUCAUCAGCACGCUGGUCUGUCAUUGGUCAGAGUCAGUACCACAGUACCCAGUGAAUGAGAGACUCACCCACGGUCACCGAAUGCACCACUCCAUUCUUGCGUUGUCGUUCAUCAAUGUCUACUCAAUCCACUACUAUCACAG